AUGUCGGAACCCCAAGACACCACCACUACUACGUCCCCUUCGACGGCGGCCGCCCCCGUACCUGCCCCCCCUGCCUCCCAAGAGCCUGCUGCUGCUGCUGCUGCUGCUGCUGCCCCUGCCCAGCAAUCUCCUCAGGUCUCUUCGGCCACCGCUGCCUCGGCCGCUGCCACCGCUGCUGCGGCGACUGCUGCUGUGGCUAGUCCUCCCAUCAACGGCAGCGCCAACGCCACUCGCCCAGCUGAGGAACUGUCCUGUCUCUGGCAGGGCUGUACUGAGAAAUGCCCAUCUCCCGAGGCUCUCUACGAACAUGUGUGCGAGCGUCAUGUCGGCCGCAAGAGUACAAACAACCUCAACCUGACCUGCCAGUGGGGUAGCUGCCGGACGACAACUGUCAAGCGCGAUCAUAUCACCUCUCACAUUCGUGUCCAUGUGCCGCUCAAGCCACACAAGUGCGAGUUCUGUGGCAAGGCCUUCAAGCGUCCCCAGGAUUUGAAGAAGCACGUCAAGACCCAUGCCGAUGAUUCCGUUCUGGUUCGCUCCCCAGAGCCUGGCUCUCGGAAUCCAGACAUGAUGUUCGCAGGUGGCGCGAAAGGGUACGCAACUGCUGCUCAUUACUUCGAGCCCGCUAUCAACCCAGUCCCUAGCCAGGGCUAUGGCCAUGGUGCCCCCCAAUACUACCAAUCUCAUCCACCGCAUCAACCAUCCAACCCAUCCUAUGGCAACGUCUACUACGCUCUGAACCACGGCCCGGAGGCCGGUCACACCUCGUACGAGUCGAAGAAGCGUGGCUAUGAUGCUCUGAACGAAUUCUUCGGUGAUUUGAAGCGUCGUCAGUUUGACCCGAACUCGUAUGCCGCCGUGGGCCAGCGGUUGAUGGGCCUGCAGAGCCUGUCCCUGCCGGUCUUGAGCAAUGGGCCUCUGCCAGAGUACCAAGCAAUGCCUGCUCCCGUUGCUGUAGGUGGCGGUGGAUACAGCCCUGGAGGCCAUCCCUCUGCUCCGUCGUAUCACCUGCCCCCUAUGAGCAAUGUGCGGACCAAGAACGAUCUCAUCAACAUCGACCAGUUCUUGCAGCAGAUGCAGGACACCAUUUACGAGAACGAUGACAACGUUGCCGCAGCUGGAGUCGCCCAGCCCGGCGCCCACUACGUCCACGGAGGUCUAAGCUAUCGCACCACUCACUCGCCGCCUACGCAGUUGCCCCCGAGUCAUGCGGCGGCCACGACAGCGGCUAGCGCCAUGAUGCCCAAUCCAGCCACGCAUUCUCCUUCCACCGGGACUCCCGCUCUCACUCCUCCCUCCAGUGCACAGUCUUACACCUCCGGUCGCUCCCCGAUCUCUCUGCCGUCGGCCACCCGCGUCUCGCCACCUCACCAUGAAGGCGGCCACAUGUACCCGCGCCUGCCUUCAGCUACCAUGUCGGAAAGCAUGACAGCGGGCUACCCCACCACAUCUGGCGCUGCGCCGCCUUCAACCUUGGGAGGUAUCUUUGACCACGACGACCGACGCCGAUAUACCGGUGGCACGCUGCAGCGCGCACGCCCUGAGCCACGCUCCAUGCCUGAUGCCAUGGACCUGUCGCAGGAUGACAGGAAGACAGACGGCGAGCGCACCCCUCCCGCUAAGGAGCGGGCGUCCUCACCGACACACAAAAGCAUUUCCGCCAGCCUGAUCGACCCGGCGCUGUCGGGAGCGGCUGCAGAGGCUGAAGCAACACUCCGGACCGCUCAGGCGGCGACGGAGGUGGCAGAGCGGGCUGAUGUGCAGUGGGUGGAGAAGGUGCGACUGAUCGAGUACUUGCGUAACUACAUCGCUUCCCGGCUGGAACGGGGUGAGUACGAGAACGAGGCCCAGCGGGCUCGUGAGGAACGGAGCCCAGAGUCGGCCUCAGGAAGCCAGAUGGAAGGGGUGGAGAUCACGUCGGCCGAGACGGUACCAGCCAAGCCGGAAGUGAAAUCGGAGGCAGGAGAUGUAGUAAUGUACCCGACGUUACGAAUGGAUGAGGAUGGUGAUUCCAAGAUGCGUUAG